GGAGAGGUGAUGACAUGGCUGAGAGUGACAACUGAGGGGCACUGCAAAACAUACACAUGUUCUUCUAAUGAAGGGCUGGUGGGGACAGCUGAUGCAUCUGUCAAAUGACUUAAACGAGAUGGGCGUAGUACUGUCCAGAGUGAAUAACAGUUGUAGAACUGCCUCCAGAGAGCCUGUCAACACAUCCCAAACUGUGAGCAGCAUCUGUGACAGGGAGGUCAAUAGUACAGACAGUGACCAUUCCUCCAUAAUACCUAUUGGGAACAAAGUGUGUGAGCCAGAGGAGGUGCUAGUUCCCGCUCUCCCAGAAACAGCUUGUGUAGAGCGAGGCUACAUCACCCCACAGCAAGUAUACAACCUGCUGAACGCAGAGGAAGGCCAGCCCGCCUUGUAUGAUCCUUAUUAUAUUCUCAUCCUUGACUGUCGCAGCGCAGAGAGGUACAAGGAAAGUCACGUGGUGACAGCACGGGCCGCUGUGACGGUGAUCCACCCUGAGCUGGGCUGUCUGAUCAGCUGUAUAGAGCUGCAGAAGUAUUCUAUAAUACUGCUGUAUGCAGAGGAAGGAUGCAGCCCAGUGGGCAGUGUGAAGGCCAGGACAGACUCCCCAGACCUCCAUCGCUGUUUCUUCCAGCUCAGUGCUUUGGGAAUGGACCCUGUCAUCCUGCUGGGGGGAUAUUCAGCCUUCAAUGUCCUCUACCCUUUCCUCUGCACGCCCCGCAUGGUCCUGCUGGAACCUGAGCGGCACACCCUCACCAUCUACCCCUCAGAGAUCCUGGAAGGAGCUCUCUACCAGGGCUCGGUCUCCCACGCCUCUGACUACCGCAUAAUCAAGAACCUGCACAUCACACAUGUGGUCAAUGCCACUGCCAACUGCCCUGAUGCCUUCCCCAACACGCUGUGCUACUUGAGGCUGCGUCUGAGCGAUGAUUCCCAGCAGGACCUGGUGGAGGCAUUGCCCCUGGCAUCCAGGUUCAUCAAUGCUGCGUUGAAGGCUGAGCCUGCCGGACGCGUUCUGGUCCACUGUAGUCUGGGCAGGAGUCGCAGCUCAGCACUAACGCUGGCCUUCCUCAUGGAGCAUCGACGCUGGUCACUGCUUCAUGCCCUGCGCUGGCUGAAGGAGAGAAGGGCAUGCACGGCACCCAACGUGAACUUCCUGCGUCAGCUGCUGACCUAUGAGGAGCAGCUGUUUGGGAGCAGACUUACCUCCCUGGACGACAUCCGCCGAUGACUGGAGUAAGAAUGGGAAUGGAAAGGAAGACAGACAGGAUGUUUUUUUUUUCUACAGUUCACAUUGAGAUUAAGUGUAUAAUAUUUUUUUUUCUACAGUUCACAUUGAGAAAAAUGUCAAAUAAGACUGAACAAACAGAGGUGGAUUUUGUACUGCAAGAAAAAACAUAUCCCAUACAAGUUUGACAUUAAUCUUCAGCUCCCCCACACAGUGUUUCUUGCACUAUGCCUCAAUAAUAACAAUAAUCAUACAGAUGUUUAACUUUGUGACCUCUGUGUGACUCAGUAUAAUAUAAUCCCUGUUAUGUCAUUUUGCUUGGUGAUAGUUA